CUGCUGCCAGUGUUCUCUCAUUUGUCAGUGGCCUGUGCAGGGCCUGUGUACAGCACUGAGGGUGAACUACAAGGUUGAUUUUUUUUUUUUCAGUAAUCUCACACAGGCCUGCUAAACUUUAGGAAUGGUACUAAUAGUUUUUAGAGAAUUACAGAAACACCGUCAGUGGCAGAGAAUCUUUUUUGCACAGUAGCCUUAAUAAACAGAGUAUGUACCAUACAUAAAACUCUACAAAAUGCACGCUUAAGCUUUUAAGCGUGAAAUGCAGGUGUUUGCUGAGGUCCUUGCACCUCUGCAAUGCUGUUUAUGGGUGAAGGGUGUAAGGACCAACUCAAGAACUUUAUUUUCUUUGCCUAAAGUCAUAAACCUAUUGUUCACAAACAUAACAUAACUCCUAGCUUUUCUUUUUUGCAAGAUUUUUCUUUUUUUCCUUGGAGGAAAAAUCACUACUGUACUGAAUUCAGAUCCUCGGUAUUCUGCUGGCUGGUAUCUGUCUUGUGUAAUUUACUACAUAGUGAAUUUAGAGCUCUGAAUAGAUCUAUUGGCCUGUCCUUUUUCCUCUGAAGUUGCAGGUCAUGCCAAAACAGCUGUAACUUCCUACCGAAGUGUUUCUAUACAAUAGGAAUGGGAAUUAUAAAUUUACAAUGAAAACAAUCGUGUGUACUAUAUUGUAUGUAUCUGUAUUAUUUAUAUACAAUCAUCACUACACAGGACCAAUUGUACAGAGAAUAAAGCAAUUGCAAAUGCCUGAGCCCGCCCUGCUGAACAGUUGGUGACAAGUAUCUUGUGCAUUUCCGUAUGGAAAAUGCGUUUGUCCUGCACAAACAGCACGUACCGGUUGGGUAGCCGAAGGCUAAAUAAAAUACAACAUAGGAAACAACACAAAACCCGGGGCUUUUAAAUCCCGUUCCCGCCUGCCGGUCUGCUGCCGGGCACCGCCCCCGAGGAGGUUCCGCCGCACCAGCCCCGCCUCGCCAAGAUGUCGUCGGCGGAGCCCGGGCGGUUCUUCUGCACGGCGGGCCGCGGGCUGGAGCCCUUCCUGGCGCGGGAGGUGCGGACCCGGCUCGGUGCCACGGAGGUGGACUGCGUCUCGGGAAAAGUGUUCUUCAGGGCGGCGGCGGUGCCGGGCGAGCUGCGGAAGCUGCGGUCGGGGGAGCGCCUGUUCCUGCUGCUGAAGAAGCACAGCCCGCUGACGGUGUCCGGGAACAGAGGGAGAAUGCUUCAUGAGAUUAAAAGCCUUGUCAUUGAGGAACCAAAAUACUGGCUGGAUAUUAUCUCUGUUUGGAGAAAGCUUCAUGGACAUGAGGGGGAAACAGGUGAUGUCUCUCAACAAAACACAUUGGCUCUGAAGAGACAGUCAGAAGAAGAGACAAAUACUGCAAGUAAAAGGCAGAAAAUGGAACAAGUAAGAGCAGUUGUGGCUGAGGAAUGUCAGGUGGAAGCUGGAGGGACCUGUGUGGCACCAGAGAGAACAAGCAAUCAGGAGUGCUGGAUUGAGAGCAAGAUUUCCUCAGAAUUCCCUUCCAAAGGCAGUGGAGAGAAUCCUUCUGUGAAUGAGAAGCUUAGCUUCAGUUUCAGAGUGUCUUGUCGUUGUAGUGGAGCGAUUGCCAAAAUACUUACUUCACAGGAGAUCGGAAGAGCCAUUGGUAUCACGCUUGUGAAGCAGUACGGGUGGCGUGCUGAUCUGCGGGACCCUGAUCUGGAGGUAAUCUUUGUACAUCUUAAUGACAUUCAGUCUGUGGUGGGGAUUCCUCUUUUCAGGCUUCCAUUGGCAAACAGAGAGUAUAUCAAAACAGCAGGACUGCGGUCAACAGUUGCAUGGGCCAUGGCAUCUCUGGCUGAAAUCAGUGCUGGUGCCCUUGUGCUGGAUCCCAUGUGUGGACUAGGAAUGAUACUACUGGAGGCUGCCAAGGAGUGGCCUGAAGCCUGUUACUGGGGUGCUGAUAUAAGUGAUUCACAGUUAGAGGGUGCAGAUGGGAAUAUUAGAACUGCAGGCUUAAUGGAUAAGAUUGAACUGCUUAAAGCUUCUGUGAAAGCAUUGCCACUGCCUUCAGAAAGUUUUGACAGCGUUAUUUCGGAUAUUCCAUUUGGGAAAAAGUUCAAGAUCACAAAUGAUGCUCAGAUCCUACCAGAUAUUCUCCAGGAAAUGGAGAGAGUGCUUCGUGUUGGAGGGACUCUUGUGUUGCUGCUGAGCCAGGAACUCCGCAGAUGUGUGGAUGGCUUGACCAAGCGUGCUGGAGGCGACUCUGCUGAGGCCUCUGCUGACGGCGACAGCGGAGCAGCCCCUGCUCCCAGUGUGGAUGGCAGUUCUUCCUCCUUGGCACAGGGUGGUGGAGAAUCCGUUCUCAGCAGACAUUUCGGGUCUCUGGUGCCAGAGGGUGUCUAUGCCGUUAGCCUGGGGAAGACUGAUGCUUUCAUACACAAAUACAGGAAGGUGUCUGCUCCUGGGAGCUGUCUGGGCCUGGGCUGAAGGGAAUUGAAUCCUGAGACGCUUCAGGAACAGCACAGCAGGACUCGGAACCCUGCUGAUGCGGACAAAACCGGUGCCAUCCAUUACAUUUCCUCACAUUCUUUGGAUGUCCUUGGAUGUGCUUUUCUCUCUUUGGUUUUUAGGAGAGAUGGAAGAUGCCUACCACUGCUUCAGACAGUUCUACUGUAUUGCAUACAAUGAAAUAGGAUAUAGUAUUUUGUAAUGAGGUAGAGUCCUUAAAUUCUUGCUUAGGCAAAGCUUCUCAGUAUUGGGGAGAGUUUCCAUGGGAGAGAAAGUCUUUGCUUGCAGAACUGCAAACCCAGAUGUGGUAGCCCAUGAUCUUUGGGCUGUCCACUCCAGCUAAUAAUUUUAAAGUAAUAUUUAAGCUACAGCUUUGUCUGUUCUAACUGUUCUCAAUGUUCAGAUUGUUCUUAGGUGGAGAAUAGGCGAGCCACCUGAGUUGCUGAGAAGGAAGGGAGCACAGAAGGGGAAAGAAGCAGCACUUGACAGUCAGUUGCAACAAGUCCCUGGCCCCUGAGCCUCGAAUGUUUUGUGUGCCUGGGUCCUCCCUGCUCCUGCCUCUCCCCCUCUCUCCCCCACUGUUGUGACACAUUUUUUUCUUCCCUGUACCUUUUCUUUUCUCUUGAUUCUUCUGUCUUGUCAAAAUAGGGCCUUUAGAACUGUAUGAGCCUUAAAUAAAGGGCCCAAGGCAAUACUGAAAUCACUCUCUCCUCUGGGUUUUAGCAUCCUUUGUACAAAGGCUGAGAGCAAAAAACAAAAAUCAUUGCACAUUUUCUCUGAGAAUUAUACAUAAAGACUUCUCACUGCUUUCCUAAUCCAUGCCAAUCUGCAGGAACACCAGAAGUCUUUUGGAAAGAUAAGGUUAGGAUGAAACACUAAAUACAUUUCUAUAUGCUCUAUGUCAAGGUUUUGACUGAAGAUCACCUUAAAGAGCAGAGUUGGGUAUGUUAUUUUGUUGACUUCACAGUUUCUUUCAAAUGUUUUUACUGAGAAAAGUAUAAAAUGGGAAUAUAUUUGUAUUUUCAAAUGCACUUUUCUGUCCUAAAAUAUCUUGUCGUUACUAAUGUAUAUUUUUGCAGCUGUGCAGUCUACGAUAGACUUUCUUUUGAAACUCAGCAGCAUUUUGGACUAAAGCAAACUUCGUUAUGUAAGGGUAGGUUUGGGGUGGGGGGGGGUGUUUUUGUUCUGGUUUUGUUUUAGUUUCAUUUGGCUUUUUUUAACAUUGAGCGUAUCAAAGAAGAAUGUGUAAUUGUAUUUUGAAAAUGUUACCUUUUUAAAAACAAUUACUUUGGACUCAGGUUAACUAUAUUUUUCUAGAGUGGUUCAACAUUCAUCAGCCAUUGUACUUACGAAAACAUUUAGAAAUAUCUUGGUGAAAAUUUUUGCUUGGUGUUUUAGAAGAAAACAGCUUAGGCCACAUUGUGCUGCCCACACCCUACUCUGAGACAUUUGUUGCCUUACACAUGAGAUAAGGAAGCACGAUUUUGUGUUGUUUCAUCAAGUUCUUUGUGUGUAUUUUAGUGCAUUUACCUGUGUGCUAGGGCUAUUUUGGUCCUUUUUUGUUGUUGUUGUUUUCUAUGAAAGCUGGUUUUUCUAGCCUUGCAACACCAACAAAAAAGGAAUGUAGAUGGCACUUGAAGUGCUAAUUGUCGCAUUGGCCCUCACUGUUUGUAUGUGCUACAUUUUUAGAGACGAUGAACCGAUGGCUUCAGGCCAUUGCUUUUUUGGAGUUUGAUGUUUUGUGGUUUACAGUGAUGAGGCCUGAAAAUAAUGACGUGUGCCCUGUAGUCAUACCAACACUGAAAAUUUUGCAGAUGUUCCCUCUAGGUUUCUUUGGUGCUGAACUACAGACACAUUUAAAAAGUACCAAAACCUCCCCAUUCUAUGGAAAAACACGUACCAAAGAAACAUCUAUGUGUGAAAUUCUGAGACUUACUUUAAAAAUAGAUUAAUUCUUCUGUAAUCACUCAGACCAUGUGUUAUAUAUCACAGUAGUACAAAAAUAAGAGCUGUUCUUUACAAAACUUUUCUGAGGAAUGACAAGCAAAGUUUUCUAUAUUUUAUUAAAGCAAGUCAACUACAAAUAAAAAUAAAUAUGCACUUUUACAUCAGUACUCCAAAAUACGAAGAUAUAUGCAGCUGAUUAGAGACAACUUUUGGAAGAAAUUAGAAGUGAACCCAGACCUUUGCAAAUAUUUUUUUCUUGUACCAUAUACACUCUAUAAACUGGAUACAUUAAAAUUAUAUUUUUGCAACAGUGCAGUUACGGUAAUUCACUGUAUUCACAGAAUAUACAAAAACAAACGAAUUAGAUUCUGAAUACAUUUUGGUAUUGGAUAAAUUCUGUGUUAUAUAUGCAAGAAUAUAAUUUUAAAUGUUAAUUGCUAUUAUGUUGUCUUAAUUAUUUUAGCUUGAGAAAUACUAGGUUAAAACUGAUUUAUCAGGGAUUUUACAGUCAAGAGCUGUAAUUUAAUCAGAAGUGAGGUAAUUACAGAUAGAUCCCAAGCUGUGUGUUAACAGCUUGAAUUAGUCUUCUUUGAACAGCAGAUUGUGAGACAUACUUGGUUUGUUACACAUUGCUAUUCAAAAUAUCCUAGUAUUAAAUGUAGAUAGUAAUGUUAUUACUGGUGCACCGUGCUUCUUUUAACUGUCCACAUCAUCAGAUCUGAAAUAAAUACAGAAUUCCUGCUCAUAGUCAUUUAUGUAUUAAAACCUGUAAAGUUUCUCAUUUUUGUAUAUAGAAAAAAUUACUAAUUUGCAUAUAAAUAGAUUUAAAAAUAAAAAUAUAUCUAUUCUGUACAAGAUUUUAGCAUAUAAGAAAUUACAUGGAGGCCCCUUUUGGAGGAGGGCUGUACAGAUGUAAAUGGCAAUAUUAAAGCAGCAUGCUGCUGUCUGGACUAGUUUGAUUCAUUUUAUGCCUUCUUUGGGGGCGAGUAAAAAGGGAGGGAGUUGGAGUCUGGGAGGUGAUGAUGUAAUUUGGGGCAAUUGUCCUGGGGUGACUUUAUGAUGUUUGUAUUCCCAUUCUUCUGUUUAGCCCCGAAAUAAGUUCUGCACCUUUAAGACUGGUUCCAAGAGCAAAGGGGGUGGAAAAAGCAGCACACAGUUUGUUUUCAGAAACUGCACUCGCUCCCCCCCAUUCUGCUCCUGGAUGGCGUUGUCUAUGGAUGGACAACGAGAGAGCUCUCCUUUGCUUUUGAGUUAGUUUUUAGGUAGCUGUGGCAGAGAAAUUCCCUGAACUGUGUUGUUGGGUUUUUUUCUUGGAACUGUUUAAACCUGUUCUGGACUGAAAACCCAGAAAAAUCCCUUGAGCUCACUGGGGCCCAGGAUGGCAUUUUGCAGCACCAGAGGGACUGAGAAGGGACUGGGCAAGCUGAGCUACAACCCACAGCAAGGACUAUCUCAAAUUUGCCAUCUCUCUUCAGAACAGCAAAAGCUUUUAUUUUUUAAUAUUAUUCUUUUUUUUUUA